CUAUCACCACCACCUAAAACUUCUGGCAAAAAUUUAAAAUCCGAAAGUAUGUUACAAGCCGUCAUUCUUGCUGAUAACUUUAAUGAACGAUUCCGUCCCAUAACCCUUGAUAGGCCACGAAGUCGUUCAUAUUCUUCAAUAAAAAUAAUUACUAUUGUAACACCUGAAACGCGUUCAGUUGGAGAUGCACUGAGAAAAUUAGAUGCAAAACAGUUAAUUAAUUCCGAUUUUAUUCUCAUAUACUUUGAUGUAUCAAAUAUACAUUUAGACAAAGGCUCGAAAUCUGUUGAUAAUUAUGCAAUAAUGUCAAUGGUAGUCAAAGAAGGAAGAUCUUCAGGUGAAUCCCCAAUUUUCGUACUAGAUGGGAAAACUAGUGAAUGCGUUCAUUGUGAAGCCUUAGAACUAUCCGCAAAACGUCGCAUGGUUAUGGAUAUGGAAGUAUUCAAAAAGCACGCCGAUGUUCAAAUACAAUUCAUUGAUAUUCAAUCAUCCACUUUUUCCAUGCAAAAAGAUUCUAAUGAUCAUCAUCUUACACCAAAAGAACGUUUACUUCGUGCGAGAAUGUUUCAUCCAAGUCAUUUAAAUGAUCAACUGACCCUCAACUCUCCUUUACCUUCAAAACGAUCUUUGUACCUUCGUGAAAUUUAUUCUUUAUUUAUGAAUAUUUGUGGAGGGUAUUAUCCAUCGAAUUUAAAACCUUCUAAUUUACCAUUACAAUAUGAUAACUCUGAAGAUUCGACUGGAAUAGUAUUGAAAUCGGAUUUUGGUGAAUGUGAAAUUUUAGACCAACUCUCCGAACGUGAUAGACCUGGUGUUACUGGAACACUAGAAAUUAUGGCACCAGAACUAUUAACCGUUGAUGAAAGAGGUCGUUAUUUUAAAGAAUACUAUCAAAAAUCAGAUAUGUGGUCACUUGGAAUGGUACUUUAUUCUUUAUGUUACUCAAGACUUCCAUAUUAUCAAAUUGAAGAUGUUGAUACAAGGAAUUAUGCGUUUUAA